AUGUCCGUCAUGCUUGAGACUUCCCUUGGGGAGUUGGUGAUAGAUUUGGAGGUGGAGAAGUGUCCAAGGACUUGUGAAAACUUUCUCAAGCUCUGCAAACUCAAGUACUACACUCUGAAUGCUUUCUUCAACGUUUCCAAAGACUUCAUAGCCCAAACAGGAGACCCCACUGCCACAGGGACUGGAGGAUGUUCUUUCCUCUCUCAUCUUCAUACCCUUUCCAACUCUUCCACCCCUCCACCACCCCGUUACUUCCCUCCUGAGAUACUCAACUCUCUGAAACACAUUCACAAAGGUACGGUCUCAAUGGCUGUCGCUCCGACCGACCCACCAGGCUGCGGUAGUCAAUUCUUCAUCACCCUUGCCGAUUCUAUCGAAUAUCUCGAUGGUCGUCAUGCCGUUUUCGGACACGUUAUCGAAGGUUUCGACACUUUGGAUAAAAUAAAUGAAGCGUUCUUAGAUAAAGAUGGUAGACCACUGCAAGAUAUUCGUAUACGUCAUGUGGAAAUUUUGGAAGAUCCUUUCCCCGAUCCUAGCGAUAUGAUCACACCACCUCUUUCACCCCUUCGACCACCUGAUCUAGAUAUUGCUGGAGUGGCAAGAAUAGCAGAUACCGAAAACCCUUUUGAGGAUAAACCAGAGGAUGAGAAAGAAGAAUUGAGAAGAAAGACGGCGGCAGCUUCCAGUGCUUUGACUUUGGAAAUGAUUGGCGAUAUACCUUUUGCUACAGUUCGACCACCAGAGGAUAUCUUGUUCGUUUGUAAAUUGAAUCCUGUAACUCAGGAUGAGGAUUUGGAACUUAUCUUCUCGAGAUUCGGCAAGAUAUUGAGUUGUGAGGUGGUGAGAGAUAAGAAAACGGGUGAUAGUUUACAAUAUGCUUUCAUAGAAUUUGAUGAGAGAGAAUCGGCAGAACAGGCUUACUUCAAGAUGCAAAAUGUCUUAGUUGACGAUAGACGUAUCUGGGUAGACUUCUCACAAUCAGUGGCGAAAAUGAACGGAUCUUUCAUAUCUACCAACCCUCGUCGAGGUGGAAGAGGAGGUAGAGGAGGGGGACGUGGCGGACGAGGGGGUUAUGAUGCAUCGGACGUAAUGAGAGGGCAUGGACAAAGAGAUCAUGGGCACAGUGGGAGAUAUCGAGAAGACGUGGGAAGAGAUGCGGAUGGAUAUGGGAUGGUGUUUGAGACUCCUCGGGGGAGUGAAAGAAAACGAAGUGAGAGUUUCAGUCCUAAACGUGAGAGGCAAAAGGAUAAGUAUAGGGAGAGGAGUAGAAGUAGGGAGAGGGAGAGACACAAAGAUGAGUAUGGUAGGGAUCAUCGAGAUGAACAUCAUGAUCGAGAAAGAUAUCGAGAGAGAGAUCGGAAGAGAGACAGGAGUAGGGAUAGGGAUAGGGAUAGGAACAGAGACAGGAGGCGUGAUUAGGAACCAACAAUGAGCAUGGAUGGCAUGUUAUACGC